UUUAAUCUAUGGCUCAAUUAAUUGAUUCGAUAAUCGAUUAACCCCGGAAAUAAUCGAACGAUUAUUAAAAAUCGAUUAAAAUCGCCCAUGGCUACAUCAAAUUAGGAUCGAGAAUCAAUAUGACAAGUAGUGAUUGACCUGAACGGUUGCCAAAUUUUCAGGGUUAUCAAUUGUUGACGAUUAUAUUAUGUACAUGAUAAGCUUGUGAUUGCUAUUUACUUUUAAUCCUUCAAUAACAUUCGUUUGUUAAUUUAAAUAAGAAAACAAACUACGCACGAAUUUUCCAAGAAAUGCCUCAUAAUGUAUUAGAACGCGAGUAUCAGAUAACAGCGCAGAAGCGACAUGAUAAGAAUCUGAAGCUAGAUUAUUACAAACAAAAUGCACGAUAUUUCGAACGUGAGGCUGCACUUGCUAAGCAAUUCAAUUCGUGGACAAAAGCAGAGCCGGAUAAUUACAGCAAAAACUUGAAAAGAAGUAAGCAUAAGGAACAAUUGCAUGCGCGGAGGGAAAAGCUUAAAAUGUUACUUGCAGAGGAGGAACAUCUCUAUAAAUACAAGCUUAGUUUACAAAACUGUCAAAAACAACAAUCCAGCGGAAUACUUUCUCUCGAACAGCUCAAACGUAAUCUUUUAGAAAGAAGGGCCGAAGAAAGCCUUUAUUAUCCUAACUCCUAUCGGAAUCUGCAAGUUCCCGGUUGCACUUUAACUGAUAGUUCCUAUAAGUUGACCAAGGAAUAUCAUGUUGGUCACAAGCCAAUCAGCGUGAACAGUCAAAAGCAUAUUCGAUUUUCAUCGAAUCCUUCUAUAGAAAAAAUUAUGUACAGCAACGCAGAGUAUGAAAAAUGGCCUUUUGCCAGAUCGACCUCUUCCAAAGCAUGGUCAGAAAAAAACUACCUAAAUCCGCGAUAUAGUGCUCGUUACUCUCGCCGAAGUCUGGAAGGUACAAACAUUUGUUUCAUCAAUAAAAUAGAUGAUUGCAGUUCUAGAUUUCAAAAUUUAGAAUUAACUGACAGUCCUACUUUUUUCGUGACUAACCGUCAAGAUAGUCGAGAAAAUAAUAUCAACGGAACUACAUUAAAGAAGAAUUAUGAAGACAACAACGAAGGAAUGAUACAACUUUUUAAUAAUGAAAAUUCAUUUCAAAAUACGGAAUUGCUGAGCAAAAAUAGUAAUAAAUGUUCGUCGUCAUCAAAUAAUGUAGAUGCUCCAAUCAUACCAAAUCAUAAAAGUUCUGAAUCACCUGUACUUGUUGAACAAUACGUGCCAAUGAAAUCAUUAAGUGUUGGCGCAUUAAGAAAUAAUAACAUGGAUCAGUAUGAAAGACUAAGUGAUUACAACAAACAAACUAACUAUACUGAAAGAAGUGACAUGUCAGUCCAGAUGUAUCGAUAUCUCAAGCACAAUGAACUAAAACGUCGAAUUCUAGAUCUCUGCAAACGUGAGAAUUUAUUUGUUAUUAAACAAUGCUGGAGCGAAGCCCUUAGAUUACGUGAAAUGAGAAAUGAGAUGAUUUUGUUGAAGAAUAAAAAUAUUUUCGAAAACUUGGAUCUUAAAAUAAACAAAGAGAUCAGGGAAUGUGGACUCCAAAUCAUUCGAACCAGAGAAGCGCUCAAUAAAAAAAGGACUAAACUUUGCAACUUUUUGUUUUACAGUGAUGAGGCGAAAACAAUGUGGAAACAUUGGGCUCAUGAAGACGAUGAACUAACCAAAAUCGAAAGCAACGUUAUAAAAGAUCUUAUGAUGCAGCAACUUGAAGAAGACUGGAGAAAUCUAGCCUUGCGUGACAAGAAUCGUAUGUCACAGUUAUGUUACAAAAUAAUGAACAAGUCUUAUUUGCAGGACGAACAUAAACUUAUUGAUGUCAUUCGAGUUUCAAACAACAGAUAAAUCCUAUCUAAUAUUAGAAAAGCGAAAAUCUUUUUUGUACAGAAUUGUUAAAUAUUGCCUAUGUAGAUAAAAAUGUUGAUAUAGCAAGAUUUUUAGUCAAUUGUUUAUUCUAAAAUAUAUUAAAUUUAAACAUGU